AGUGCCUCUUAUUGGGAUAAAAAGUGCGAAGCCGGACGCUUGAGUGUCUUCACGACCAGAUACAUUUACAUCUUCCUCACAUCAAUCAUAAUAUCUGGAUGGCGAUUGAGAGAGCGAGAGAGUGCUUUACCUUUGCAGCCGAGCAAUAUAUACCAUGGUUAUGGUGGAAGUUUUUACCAUUUUGCUUUAUCAGCAUGAGUACGCAGACGAGUUAGAGAUAGAGAUAGAGUCACUACGAACGAGCAAUCCCGGUCACAAUGGUCGUCUUUUUACUCGACUAGCAUCAGUUCUCUGCAUUGUCUACAUUCGCCAAUUCAAUUGUUUGAAUUGUGUACAUUGUUGCAGGUUGUUUGGGUUGUUUGCCAGUUGCAGUUUUGGUUCGGGCCGUCGGUGCUUCUCUAUUGAACAUCGGUGUUUGGGUAGUUUGAUGUGGUUUACUCAAUGCAGUGGCGGUUCUGAAUAAGUGGAUCCAUGAUCUGAUGAAAAAGAUCAAGUUGAAUCGGUUUGGUUUCGGAUCUUUCCCACCUUCACAAUUGGACUUCAUGAAAAUCAGCUAGUACUUUUUCAGGGACAGCUGGAGGAGCUGCGGCAGCGGACCAAGCAGAAGAUGGGACGACCAGCACGCCGACUACAACGACUCCCAGCAGCACUACACCAACGGGCACUGCUACCACAGCUUCCGCGGGGACCCCCGAAGAGGACACUACAUCUUCAGCCGCCCCCGCCGAUGUGCUGGAGGCGUUUUUGCGGAGGGACCCCUUCCGGCAGCACAUGCCCGAGUUCACCGGGGCGAACAGAAUCAAUGACGGCAUUUACCAAAAACACGAGGACAUCGGAACCGGGAAGGUGACAUGGACGGAGUAGGCAUUGCAAAAGUAUCGUACAACUAGUAUAGAUUGCAUUUGCAUUACAAACUGACUUAGCAUUACAAAUUAGAUUUGUAGUGCGCAUUUCCCUUAAGGAAAAGAUUUGUCAUGCAAAAACGCAAUUAGUAGUAGUACGACUGCGAGUGCGAUCCUUUUGCACUGCAUACGGUGACCGCGUCGACCAAAGACCAGCGCGAAAUGUGGAAGUUGACGGAAAAGGAGCGCAACGCGCGCAUUUCCAGCCUGGAAGACGACGUUGACCGCCUCGCGUUUGAGGCCGGCCUCCUUUCUGACACGACGCCGGAAGAGUUUGCGAAACUUUCCCCGGAGGAGCGGCGCGCCCGGCGAAAAGCUCUGCAGGUAUCGGAAGACGCAUUAGGUUUAACAGGAGCCGGAAUGGUAUGAGAAAAUGUCGGGCUGGAAAUUGACAAGAAAGGCGCAAAAUAAUAUGGGCGCUAGGGAGGCAGAUUGGAGUAGCCCUGCUCCGUGUCAACGUCAAGAAGUGGGCAGAAGGGAGCUCCCUUAGCCUAACCAGCAUGACAGAUUUAGUUUAGACGCUGGGAAAUAAGUCCUUCACGCGCCGAUUUGAAGCUGCCACUGCGGGCACAAGAAGUGGCGGCGAUUUUAUGCAUUUAGCAAAUUCAUUGGAAUUGCGCAGUUUAUCUUUAUGUUCAGGAUUGUUGAUUUCGAACCUGACGUUUCCAUAAAGGGAAAAUCCUUAUCUGGAGAAGCGUGAUAACCCUUAUCACUCGGUCAGCGCAGAUGCGGCCAAAACGCUUGACCUGCAGGAAAUAUGGCCUUCUCGAACGUUACAGUGAUCGCUGUUGCAUGAUUUGCAAAACCACUUUCACGAGGACACUCGACUCCAGACGACCACGAAGCUACUUCGCGUGGCAAGUUCUUGACGCGCUAGAUAGCAUGGAAAGGCGUUCCAAAUCGGUAUCGCACGACGUGCAAGCCCCUUCUUUCGCUUUUGCUGUUUCUGCGCCGCAAAAUCAUGUAAAACCGAGCAGCGUAACGCUUGAGAACGCCAUAGAAAAAUAAGUGGGGGAAGUUAUGAAAAGAAAAAGCGAACAAGCUGUGUGCUUCGAAAAUGAGCUUGGUCCAAGGUAGGAGCGGUUUAGUAGCGGGUUUGUGUACCAGUAUUUCAUAUUUCUAUUUUUGACCUUGUGCCACUAAUUGAGGUUUCUCGUUUCGCUCGCAGGAGGCAGGAGCACCACCACUUGCAGAAAGCCCCCGGACGAGUCUAGCUGAGCACAGCGAUCAUUCUGAUCGCCACCACGAGAAGAUAUUUGACAGGGCUCUAGUUAGAUGGAUGUUCCUGAAGGCGGAGCUUUAUUCACGUGCGCAUUAUAAUAUUUGCAUUUUCUGUCUUCUGCCUCGGCCUCGGGUCAAACUCAAAACCAAAAGCUCGGGUUUCUUGCAUCUCGAUAAGCUGGUAAAGUGAAAGCGGAGAAGAGACAAACGGGCACACAGGAGAAGACCUUUCCCAAUGGAAAGACCAAGGAGGUACCGGUGUUCGAAUACGAGAAAAGCUACCCGGUAAAUAGUGAACACAACCGGCUGACGCAGUACAUGCAGGACCUCGAGAACCCGCGGACUGCGGAGCAGAGGCUCUUCGUCGCGAUGCGGAAGCUGGAGCAGGAGGAGAGGCGACGGGACGGCGACUUUUUUGCCAGCGUGGAGCCGGGCAUUCAGCUGAACCAAAACGCGCCGAUGUUCGACGACAUCUGGAUGCGCGCCACGCCGGCGCCGCUGCACUCGCUUCGCUUCAGUCAGCCGGAAGCCGGGUUCGAGUUUGCCCGAGACACGAUUAUUAAUUGCAAAUUUGUCGUCUGGGUCUGGAAUUAUUUAUACUGCAGAAGUUUUUCGUCACGAUACAGCCUCUUGCAUGUACAGUUUUUGUGCGACUGACAGAUGAGAGCAUCACAGAUUUUUUGCACGACCUGCCCAGAGCCAAUACACAUUUUGCAAUGCAUAAGGAUCGGCGACCGCCAAAAGCACGUCGUGGACAGUGCCAAGGAGUUCCAAGAGAAUCCCGGGAUCGUCACCAACUCGAUCGCACUGCAAGUUGUACCGGCAGACGAUUUCUUCGUAAACGGCAUGAUGGACCGCGACUUGCAGCGGCGCCAGAGAAACAUGGAUGAGGAUCCAAAAAAAUACGCGGGAGAGGUACGCCGGGGCGUAGUGGUUGUUCUUUUCAACGUCUACUUCUCCGCAACGUUGUCAUGCUGGGGCUUCUUAGAUAAAAUAAAAUUUGAAUUUGCAGGAAAUAUAUUUGUAUUUUCCCAGAUAAGAUGCUCUUUGAUAUUCAUAUUUGCGUUUUCAUUUUGAAAACAGCGGCUGCGCGGCUUCGAAAUUUUUUUUUGCAUGAAAUUUUUGCAGGACGAAUUUUUGAAGUCUUCCUUUUUAAUUGUUGAAGUGGUGAAGUUGUGAAGCCAUAGCUUUUUUUCCUCCAUAAGGGGGCGGAGAAAAGCUCAAAGCGGCGAUGCACUCCUAUCUUGAGUAAAGACGUUUCCGCCCCGUAGUCAAAACGGAAACUUUGCAAGGCAAGCAUAGGACUCUUGGGACGCGCGCAGUUGUAUUUGUUUGGCUCUGCAGUAUAGUUGUGCCGAGCUUGUCCAGAUGCAUCGCAAAGCCGUUCCCAAUAAAAAACACUAGAUAGAGUAUUGUGCUGCUCAUGGAGUGUACCAGCCCGAGCCGCAUGAGAAACAUCCCGUGCGCGUGAUUUUGAUUCUGCAUGACAAAAAUUCUGGGGUCGUAAUGUUUUUACUCAGGAUAAUACGAUGGAGAAGUUUAUGGAGACCGGGCCCUACAUGCCACAGCACCAACGCGCGAUUCAAGAGGGCACGAGGAUUGACGACGAGCCCGUCCAAGCGGACCCGACCCGGUCCAACGACGGAAAGUUGAUUACGUUGGACCACCGGCGGCUGUGUGCCGUGCUGGAGUCCCACCACACACCCAACAGCCGCGACCCGAACGACCCCUCCUUGAUCAACAAGCACACGCACGUUCGCGUGCACACGCUGAACACGCAGAUGCUGCAACAGAAUCCAGCGAAGGCCCGGGCCCUGGAGCAGAACUGGGUGAAAUGGACCCAGUUCAAGAAGUUCGCGAAUCACGUGGGCGGUAGCACCAUCACCGUCUCGGCCGGCGAACAUGCCAACACGAAUGCCCAGUGGACGGGGUUGUCCCAACAACAGCGGGACCGGCUCACCGCAUUGCAGAUUCCCAACCGCUAUCCUGGCUACCAGCGCACCCACCUUACCGGUGUGCAGCCAGGAAACGAAAUUGAGGAUGCCUGAGCGCGAGCGGCUCUCCUGAUCGACAAGGGGGGGAAUUGAACGGAUCACUAGGAGGCAUUUUUAAGCGAAAAGAAAAUAGAACACAUUUUUCAAUGAUCAUACGCAAGAAGUCGCUGAAUAAGUCGAUAAAAUCACUAUUAAAACAAAUAAACUUAAACACAUUAUUAUUAUCGCAGAGAGGUUUUGCCCUGCAACACGUGUUGCAGCUGCCUCCUCAUGUACCUAGACAGAAGGAACGAGAAGCACUUCUCCGCAGGAUAGAUUUAUUUCAUUUUGGCUCUACUAGUUUUGUCUUUCUGGCAGCUUUGGACAGUGCACUGUCGCAGCUGCCUUUGCGGCCUGUCAUUUACUUAUCUACACCCGCAUCAUAACGGGGAAUGUUACACAAAUAGUGUCAGUUCUUUAACGUGUUGCUAUCUCCCGUGUUGAAGGAAACAGAAUGACACCGAGCAUUGGUGAUGAUAAUGCGCAGGCGUUUGCGCUGCCUUAUCUCCAUGGCGAACGUGAUACGAAGAUGAGUACGUUUCGAAUUGAUAGCGGAUAGAGAGCAGGACGAAGGCCGGGAAACGCGCGUCCUCAUGCUUUGCAGCUUCUUGGCGAUGAUGUGCC